UUCAGAUCGCGUUUGCACUCCGGAGAAGACGUUCGUGCGGCAGUUCUGUAUUUACUUUUGUGGUCACAGAGAAAUGUGAGUUGCGAGUGGAGUGCGCUUGUGUGUGUGCGUCAGCCCCCCAUAAAAACAAACACACACACAGGCUGCAUAGGCAUUAUAAAAACAAUUUGCCGGCGAUUGCAGGCGCACACACUCAAACCGGGGGCGCCUUCUGCAUGUGUAUGUGCCGCUAAUUACAUUUAUUUUGUAAACUUAAUUUCCAAGCCGCCAAAAGGGGGUUGAAGUGGGGGCGGGGCGCAAGCGAUAUAUGUAGUUUCAGUAUCUUUCCUACGCCGUGUGGUCGCCAUGUUAACUGCUCUGAUAAGUCGCCAGAGAUGGGGGCUAGAGAUCCGGGGUUAUCUGAUAUUGCUGUGGGUGCGACACGGAUUCGUUGCUGAUACACGAGGGUACUGAAAUGGUAGUGGUGUGAGUGCGGUUUUCAGUAAUCUGGAAUGCUAUCGCUGCUAGACCAGCCGUCCGCAUCGCGAGGGUGGGAUUCAACCAUGUCAAAGCCAGCUCUGUAUUAUGCCACCCUAAGUCCCCCAUCGCGCGCCGUCCUCCUCACGGCUAAGGCGAUCGGACUCGACCUUGAACUACGGCCAAUUAACCUGCUGAAGGGAGAGCAUCUGACUCCGGAAUUCCUCAAGCUGAACCCCCAGCACACCAUCCCGACCCUGAUCGACGGCGAGGCCACUAUCAUUGACUCGCACGCCAUCUGCGCCUACCUGGUGGAGAAGUAUGGCCAGAAGGAGCAGCAGCUCUAUCCGAAGGAAUUGGUGCAGCGCGCCAACGUGGAUGCUCGGCUCCAUCUGGACUCCGGCCACCUCUUCGCGCGCCUGCGCUUCCUUUACGAGCCCAUCCUGUAUUAUGGAUCGACGGACUGCUCCAUCGACAAGAUCGCAUACAUCCAGAAGUGCUGGGAGAUCCUAGAGGGAUUCCUCAAGGAUCAGCCGUAUUUGUGUGGUUCUGAUCUAACCAUCGCAGACUUUUGCGCCGUGGCCACCGUAACCUCGGUGAACGACACCGCUCCCAUCGAUGAAUUUAAGUUUCCCAAGAUGCACGCCUGGCUGAAGCGUCUGGCAGAGCUACCCUACUACCAGGAGGUAAACGGCGACGGCGCUGACGAGCUUAAGAGCAUCUUCAAGGCCAAGCUGGCAGAAAACCGUGGCAAGUAGGCGGCGGCUCUAUUAUGUUUUGUUUUAUAUCCACACAUUCUAUAUGCAUAUCCACUUUUGAAUAAACGGAUUAGAUCAAAGUAAGAUUUUAGCAGUU